CUUUCUCUGCAACUCGUGUGUUCCAUUUCUUCUCCUUCAUUUGCACUGUGCAACCUCUCUCUCUUACUUAAUCUUUCUCUCUCUCUCUCUGCAACACACUGUUUCACUCUCUCUGUGAAACCCUCCGUUUAUUGUUUGCUUGAAGGUCUCAGGAAACGAUCACUCCCUCUCUCUCUCUCAUAUCGCACCACGAAAAUGGGUAAUCGCCUUCAACACUCUCUCAUCUGCUUCUCCAUUUUCCUCAUCUGCAAUGCCCAAGAAACCCUCUCUUUCUCUCUCUCCCCCCUAGCCGCUCAAGAAUUCAAAACCACCACCGCCUACCCGCCAUUUCCCUAUUACCCUGAAACCCACACCUCACUCGCCCCAAUCCUCUCAAAUCUUGGGUACAAAGAGCUAGCCAUGGCCGUACCCUUCUUUUACGACUCCUAUCUUUCUUCUUGGACUGGCCCUGCAACUGUCUUUGGCACUAAUGACACGGCCAUUCGUUCUUGCUCCCAUUGCUCUCGGACUCAAAUCCUCAAGGAGCGCAUAGUCCCUGGUUUGUUCACUUACCACCAUCUCUCUAAGCUCGCUCAUGGAACCAAGAUCCAAACCAUGAGGUCCGAUCGCUGCAUCACUGUAACCACCAUGAAUUCAACUGAGAACACCGCCAAGAUCUUGAUCGAUGGCGUCCAAAUCACACGUCCUGAUCUCUUCAACGACGAUCUCCUGGUGAUCCAUGGCUUGGAUGACUUCGUUUUCCCCCUCUCUCCUCUAUCCUGUUUCUCGCCGGAAAAACCCCCAUUGACGGAAAGCGCAAACGAUAUGCCGGAAAACGACACGUCCACAAUGAGCCCCACGCCGGAUAACGCCACGGACGUCGGAAAAAUGACUCCAUCCAGUGCUCCGGCGACUUUUCCGGCGAUAUCGAUGCGUUUAUCUCUCAGAGACGCGAUGCUCAGGCUUCGAGCUUCGGGCUUCGGUAUCGUGGCUUUGGUCCUGAGAGCCAAGUACCCUGAGCUCGUGGAACUUGGAAAUAUGACCAUAUUUGCCCCUGACGAUGCCUCUAUUUUCAGUGGAGGGUACGCCUAUGUUAAUAACGUGAGGUUCCAUAUUGUGCCCGACCGUUAUUUGAAGGGAUCUGACCUAGCCCAGUUGCACCUGGGCUCUAGCCUGCAGACCCUGGUUCGAGGCCAGGAGCUAGUGGUCACGAACGCUGGCUCGAGUGUGGGUUCGCUGAGGAUCAACUACGUUCCACUGAAGGGGCCCGAUGCGGUGUACAAUUCGAGGAUUGUGGUGCACAGUAUCUUUGUGCCAUUUCCACGUAUUGGAGUACCCGAUUGGGUGGUCUCGAACGCCUUUGAGGAUGGUUUGUUCCAUGAGGUGGGUUCGGUUUCGGAGGCUCAUGGUUUGGAUCUUGGUGGCAUGAACGAGCCUAGAGAGAGGCGAUCCGUAUCAGAGGAUGAUGUGUUCUUCCCUGAAGUGGAAUCGACGGCCUGGAUGGCGCCGGAGAGGCAGGUGCCAGAGCCAGCGAUCACGGACGAAGGGCUCUGAAUGUCUCUCUCUCUUGUAAAAUUCAUGGUGCUUUUUGCUUACAUUUCUUUGGAGUUUGUUUGUUUGUUUGAUGAACAAUGAAU